CGCCUGCUGCAGGAACCUGCCCUGGAAGAGCCUCCUCCCGCCGCCGCCGCCGCUCCCGAGCCGCGCCCGGCGCCGCCGCCAUGGUCUCCUGGAUCAUCUCCCGCCUCGUGGUGCUCAUCUUCGGCACCCUCUACCCCGCGUACUCGUCCUACAAGGCCGUGAAGACGAAAAACGUGAAGGAAUAUGUGAAGUGGAUGAUGUACUGGAUCGUGUUUGCCUUUUUCACCACUGCAGAAACACUCACAGACAUUGUUCUCUCUUGGGCUGAGAGAUGCCCUGUUUAUGGAGUUUUCAUGGCUAUGGAUGAAAGACUAAAUGAGACUCGAAGAAGGUUUCCCUUUUAUUUCGAGCUGAAAAUCGCAUUUGUGAUUUGGCUGCUCUCCCCUUACACCAAGGGCUCCAGUGUCCUCUACAGGAAGUUUGUGCACCCAACGCUCUCCAAUAAGGAGAAGGAGAUUGAUGAAUACAUUACUCAGGCUUGUGACAAGAGCUAUGAAACCAUGAUGCGAGUUGGCAAGAGGGGGUUAAACCUUGCUGCCAAUGCAGCAGUUACUGCAGCUGCAAAGGGCCAGGGAGUUUUGUCUGAGAAGCUUCGAAGUUUCAGCAUGCAGGACCUGACUCUGAUCCGGGAUGAGGACACCGUGCACAUGCGAAGCCGUGAUCCACAGCUGCAUUCCUCUGGUGGGAGUCUACUGGAAACCAUCGAGGACUCAGCUUCCUGUUACUCCUCAGGAGAGGAGAGCAGUGUGGCACAUAGGUCUAAUGGAACCCCAUCAGAGCCUAGAACAGACCCAUCAGAUGAAGAUGCAGGAGACAAACUUCCUAAACGUACCCAGAGUCUCAAAGCUCCUAAAAAGGUGACGAAAACUGAGCUUCCAGUAAGGAGUGUAAAAGCCCGGCCCAAGAAGAAAGCUGCUGGCUCUCUUGCCUCUGGGGAGUCAUCCUAAGGCGACCUCCCCCUCCCCAGCACCUGUCUCUGUCCCGGGAUUUUCGCUUUUGAGGGGAAACUCUCCAAAGGAAGGGAGCUGAGAUUCUUGUACAUAACAGAUACUGCUUUGUAGAGCUCAUUCCAAGGCAAGGGGGAGGCUGGGAUUCAGAAAAUGGAGUAGAGGAUACACAUCCUCAGGAAUUUUCUCCUUUUCAUCCCUCUGUUGGAGGGAAUGCUGAUAUGUCUGUACAUAGCCAGUUGCUUUGGAAUUCCCACUGUAUAACCCUAGUUGAGAAUCUUUGCUGCAAGAACUGACUAGGGUUUGAGACAUCCAUUGCACAGAAACUGGAAAAAUACUAGACACUGGAGUUCCACAGGGGUGGGUGGCUCCCAAAAAUGUCUUAUCUUGCUCUGGGUAUCCUUCUGCAGCUGUGUGUUGUUAAGAAGUGCCCACCAUGAGUCAUAUUCCGUAAGAAUGGACCGUACCUGACAUGUCCAUCCCCUCUGAGAAGGUGACUGAAAUGAUGUAUGCUGGGUGCUUUUGAACAUAAAGGACUAGCUCAUGGGAGGAAAAUGCUAGAGUCCCAUUACUCGUCCUGGAAGAUGAAGAGAUUGGGUUUUAUUUUAUUUUUUCUGGGAGGUGAAGGGAGAUAAUUGAAAAACUGAGUAAUGAAGAAAAUGUGCUGUUACCAUGCACAUUGUAUGAUGGAGUAGAUACAGGUAUCUCUAAGAGUUAACUGUUGAGAAGGAAAGUUUGGCAUCUGUAAGAUUUUGGCUCUUUUUGAAGCUGCUUGAAUUUUAUUUCAGGUUCUGGUGCCCACCUUGAUUCCUGUGGGAGCAUCAGAAUGAGGCGAGUCCCAUGCAGUUCCAUGGCAAGGGUACUUGCUUUGCCAUUUAGGGGUUGAACUCCAUGUCAUCCUGAUUUUGUUACUGCAGACAAAUUCUUUUGUUCUACCAGAUGACUGGGGAAAGUCUGUGGGCAUACUUGAGAAUUUUAGAAGCCCUUACCUCUCAGCUGUAGGAGAUUCAAUCCUCAGGGCACGAGAACUGAUAAACAGUUGAUGUAUGAAUUCUGCUAACUCCAGGAUUUCAUGUAUGGGGGACAAAAAGCAGGGAGUAGGGCACAAUGCUGUGAUUAAUCAGUCCUCUUGCUUGAUCCUACUGCAGCCCUUGCACACGUUUUCUGUCAGACCAUGUGCCAUGUUUAUCAGUGUCCUGAGACUUCAGCAAUAUAUAACACUUGGGACAGAAGACUACACUGAAUGUAGAAUAUGUAUUGUGGGAGUGAAAUUGCAGUGCUGCAGAGAAAAAUCACAUCAUGCCAAGCCAUACUAAUCUCUUGAACACUGUUGAGGGGAGAUCCCCUGCACACUUGCCAACUGAGUCAGUCGGAAUUUAUGAGAUGAGUAAGGUUCCUGUUGCUGAGAUCUGUGAUUACAGAUGUGGUUGUCUGAAUGCAAACUUGAUGGUCUUAAUUUUUACUGAAA